CGAAAAUAAAAUAACGUAGUAUUUCCUUUUCCAAUAUCAUUCAUCCCCAAAAUCGUCCGAACCCCUAUUAUUAUCGUAUCACCCCCGCUCAAAGCUUUUUACUCAGUUCAUCAGCCAUGGAUUCCAAAAAGGAGAAAGAAAACACAUCAAUGGCUGCUCCGAAGUAUACAUUGAAGAAGCUGAAAACCCUAGGGCACAACCUUUUGUCUUCCAGGGAACACAUCAACAACCUUCCUAUCCUCCUCACCUUCAUCAACCCCUCCUCUCCUCCCCAGCACGCCCUCGAAGCGCUGCUUUCCCUCCAAGCAUUCUUCACGCCUCUCAUUCCCGAACUUCCUUCAUCUACUGCAUCUGCAGACCCCCGAGAACCGGAAUUUAUCUAUCGCGUUUGGCUGCGCUCCAAGUUCGAUGACCUCGUUCAGUCUCUCAUUGACAUCGCCAUCUCUUCAGAGUCCGAACAAGCUCUAAGGGAAGUUGUAUUGGAUGCGUUAAUGGAGUUUGUGAAGGUUGGAAACUCUGGGAAGUUUCACUCUUCUAUAUACCACCGCAUCAUUCACAGUAUUGUUCACACCUCCUCAUUAGGGGUAGAUGAUAUGUUGCUGCAUGUAAUUGCGGAGAAGUAUUUCAACUACAUUGAUAUUCGUUAUUUUACAUACAUUAGCCUGGAAAAUCUCUCCCGAACGUUAGAAGCAAGAUAUACAACUGAUAAUGAUAAUAAGUUAUCACAUGGAGUUUUUGAAAGUCCCUCAGGGAAAAGCAUGGAACUCUCAAUUCAGAAGUUAUAUUAUAUGAUGUCACAUAUCCCGUCAUCCAAUAAUCUUGAUGAAUUAUCAGAAAACGAAAUGUGGAAUGGUCUAGGUACUUUUAUUGUGAAAAACAAUAACAAGGGAAGUGAUCUUGAGUUGAAAGCAGAAAAUUUGCCGGGUAAAGCAAAUAGUUCUUGUGAUACGAUUUUGUCUCCUGUGAAAGCUGCAAAAAAGUUGAAGCAGAAAUUCACAAAAGCAUGGAUAUCAUUUCUAAAAUUACCGCUUCCACUUGAUGUAUAUAAAGAGGUUUUAGUUAGCCUUCAUCAGGCCGUCAUCCCUUACCUGUCGAACCCUACUAUGUUAUGUGAUUUCUUGACUCGAUCAUAUGAUAUUGGUGGGGUUAUCAGUGUUAUGGCUCUUAGCAGCUUGUUUAUUCUCAUGACACAACACGGUAUAGAGUAUCCAAAAUUCUAUGAUAAGCUCUAUGCGCUUCUAGAUCCCUCUGUCUUUAUGGCGAAACAUCGGGCGAAGUUUUUUCAGCUUCUAGAUUCUUGCCUGAAAUCGCCACUUCUUCCUGCAUAUUUGGCUGCUGCUUUCUGCAAAAAGUUAAGCAGGCUUUCUCUUUCAGUUCCACCCUCGGGAGCUCUUGUUAUAACUGCUUUAAUCCACAAUCUUUUAAGGCGGCACCCAUCAAUAAACUGCUUAGUUCAUCAGGAUGAUGUUAAUCAGACGGCUGAAGAACAUUCAGGAGAAGAGAGAGAGACUCCUGUUAGUGGACUGGGCAUUGAUCAUUUUGAUGAGGAAGAGACGGAUCCUUUGAAGGCUAAUGCCAUGAGGAGUUCUCUCUGGGAAAUUGAUACUCUUCGCCAUCACUAUUGCCCUCCUGUUUCAAGAUUUGUUUUAUCCCUUGAAAACGAUUUGACUGUCCGAGCAAAAACCACUGAAAUUGCAAUAAAAGAUUUCAGUUCUGCUUCGUACUCAACAAUUUUCGGUGAUGAGAUCAGGAGGAGGGUUAAACAGGUCCCACUAGCAUUCUACAAAGCGGCACCAACUUCUCUCUUCUCAGAGUCCGAUUUCCCCGGCUGGAAUUUUGAUUUAAAAAUUGAUGAGUUAUCUGCAAAAAGGCAGCGAGUCGAGUGUUCUUAAUGAGAUUGUUCUAUACGUUUGAUAUUCAAAAUUGUACCCAUAUUUGGUAGCAGUCAUAGAAGCAUAUCAAUUAUUUGUGACUUUGUGAGUUGUGAGAGGGAACAUUUUGUUUUGUCCUUGAAUGACAAAAACUGUACGUGAUCAAGGCUCGGUUCCCAUUAAGUUUGCAGCUUGAUCAAAUGAUUCAAAUGCAAACCACGGGUGUAAACUUCUACACUGAUUUAGGGAGGGUUUGCAACUGCUUCUGCUUAAUACACCAAAUUUAAUGUUUUGACUCCUUAAUAGUUAA